GUCUCGAUUUCGCCUAGCUCCACGCGCUGGCCACGGACUUUGACUUGCGUGUCUUUUCGACCGAUAAAUCGAAGAGAGCCGUCGCUAGAAUACUGUACCAGAUCGCCAGUUUUAUACAAUCGCACCUCUUCUGAUACCGUUCGAAAUUCCCCUAGCCAUGAAGGAUGGUUUGAGAUGAAUGCUGUUAUCGGUAACCUCCGGGUUGUUGAACGCCCUUCGCCGCCGUGCCAUCACCGCGAUGCCUCAAGAUCCACUCAUCCUCAUCCUGCCGGGGUCCAUCCGCAGUAACAUGGAUCCAUUCUCGCAGUACGCGGAGGAAGCCAUUAUCUCCGCGUUCGAGGAGGUCCACCUCUGGCCCACCGUCUCAGCCCGAGGCGGCCUGGACGCAAGUGCGGACUCCCUGGCCUUGUCCCGUGGGCAGCAGCAGCUCUUUUGUCUCGCACGGGUGCUCCUCAGCGAGGCUCCGAUUGUCGUUUUCGACGAAGUCACCGCGAAUGUGGACCCCGACACGGCAGCGCGUGUGAUGGAGAUUAUCAACACGAGGUUUGUCAGUCGGACUGUUCUGGUCAUUGCACACCAGCUAUGGACAAUCCGCCGAUUUGAUCAGAUUGCCGUCCUGGAACAGGGACGGCUGGUGGAGCUGGGAGACCCGGAGCAACUGUUGCAGCAGGAGACCGCUUUCCGCAGACUGUGGAGGAGGCACCAUGCUGAAGGUGAUGCUUGACUUGGUUUCAUUAUUGGGUGGUUGUCUUGUCUAUCUUACGAUUUCGUCUAUGCGAGUAGUGUUGAAGCUUAC